CUUAGACGCACUCAUGCUUACAAAUGUUUUUGCGCGUGUGUAUGUGUGUAUGUGUGUGUUCGUUUGGGGAUAAUAAUGCUAUAAAUCGUAAGUUUGACUUAGAUGAAGCAAUAAUUUGACCACCAUUGCAGUACAUUAAUCACUAAGGACAUUGUUACUAUUUAUAGCGGUAAGUGUGCGAUGAAACAAAUUAAUUCUAUAUUGUGCCUGUACCCGAACACGCAUUGCACUUGACCAUCGAUGAUUUAUUUAUAGAGGCACCAGCCAACCAUGUCCAAGUGCUAUGUUAGCCCACGCUUUGUAGUUUGUAAUGUCCCGAGGCCUGCUAUUGCAAUCGAACCUUUCAGAGGUAUCAGAGGUAUUCGAUACAUGUAUGUAUCAUCUAAGACGGACCGUUGUAAGCCUUGUGUGCUGUGUGUGUGUUUUUGAGUUUGCGUGAGUGUGUAAUAAAUGAGCACAGGUCAGUGAUGUCUGCAUCGCGCAGUUUUCGAGUUCUCCUCUUCCUCAUCGUCUGGAUUCUUCUUCUGGUCAUCAUCACCAACACACCUAAGUAUCUGCCGCUGACAUUUACGUCGUUUCUGAGCGUUCAGAGUGGGCAUGCUGGAGGAGGUGAGGAGCAGAAGGGAUUGUGGCUGCUUUCAGAUCCCUCCAAAAUUGUGCCGGAUGAAAAGCAAGACGUUGAAGAAGACAAAAGUACGACGACAAAGGGGAGUAGAAGAAUUCAAACUUCAGAUGAAUCAGUGAGUGGUCUUCGGAUUCAGGCAGAAAGAGAUAGCCGAAAGUCACGUGAUCAGCCCAGUCAUGUCACUGAAAUAAACACUAAACAAUUACAUUCGUUUGACUCGGAAAGUAAUACUUUAAGAAAUGAUGAUAUCGUGUCUUAUAAAACUAGCAGCCCGUCUUCGAAUGAUGUCCCAAAUAAGAAUGACACACCAACAGUGAAUGACACCCCGUUUAGGAACCACACAGAAGCCCAAGUUUUAGAGUCAAAACACGCGUCUUCGAACAGUGGUAUCCCUAAGACCACUGGAAAGGUAUUUGACGAUAAACUAGACUUGCCCCGUUAUCUUCUCCCCUCUCGCAUCAAUGACAUCUCGUCAGAUAAAAAUGAGGAUGAGAAAUAUUUCAUCUACCGCUGUGAUGAUGGACUCAUGAGAUUCUGCGGAGGUUGGGCGGACAGGCUCAAAGGUAUACUCACCGGAUUCCUCAUUGCUAAUCUGACUGGACGAACGUUCAAGGCUGAGCUCUUGUCGUUUUCUUGUCACUUGGAGAAGUUUCUGGUUCCCAACGUGUUCAACUGGAGCUUGCCUCACUCCUUUCACACGAAGCUUGAGAGACAUGGGAAAUCUGGGGACACGGCGUACUUGAAUAUGGUGGAUAAGUCGGACUUCUAUGGACGUCUACAUUUGAUCAACUUUACCAACAUGAUCGGACCGGCAAAGUUCGCGUAUUUCAAAGCUAACUUGGAUUACAUUGACGGCUUCAAAAAGUCGAAAAUCUACUCAAAACAGCUCUCGUGGAUGAAGAAUUUGAGCCGAGAUGUUGUCUACGCUAAACUUUAUCGAGCUCUUUUCAAACCGUCGUCAGCUCUUCAGAGCCGUCUGGAUUUAUUUUUAGCCACAGCUCGACCCCCUGGUCACAGACUUAUCUGCGCACACAUCCGCAUGGGACGCAACCCCUCCCUGCCCAACGACUCUCAACUACGUCAGACACCGGAAGAUCUACCUGCCGUGUGGAAACACCUAAAAAACCAAUCUCAUCGGUUCAAAAACAGCAAAAUAUUCUUGAUGUCAGAUUCUGAUGAUGUCAUACAGCUGGCCAAAAACCAAAGCUUCGCGGAGAAGCUUGUGUUCACUCAGGGUAACGUAGUGCAUGUUGAGAGGUCCAAAAUGGUGAACGCGGAAGAAAAGUGUGAAGGUCUUGAGAAGGUUAUCUUUGAUCAGCAAAUCCUCAUGCACUGCGACGUCCUAAUGAUCAGCAAAAGUGGGAUCAGUCGGAUGGCGGCUUACGUGAGACAGAAAGACGAUGGUUUGUUUUGUUUGGUGAAGAAGGAGGUCGUCAAGUGUGAGACUAAAGCUCUGAAGGAACUCUAUAAAGUGAUGGGCUGAGGGAGACAGAUGUUUAGUUUUAGUUUUACUAAGAGUUGUACGGCACUUGCAACACAAUAAGGUCAUAUAAGUGCCGAAGA